AGUUCACAACGUAACAUUAUAUUCAUACGAAUACCAUUUCCUUAAAGCAAAAGCAAAGAAAAAAAGCUUUCUUUUUUGUUCUCAAAAGCUCUCCCCUGUCGGAAAAGAAGCGAUCGAUAAGCUAUAAGAGAUGGAAGAAGACGGCGGGGAAAGCGGCACUCCGUUCUGGGUACAAAGCAACGCCGGCGGCCGCCGAGGCGAUGGGGUUCGCCGCCGUGUUGAGUCUGCGGUUUUCAACUCCGGGAUCUUGGUGUUUCUUCUGGUUGUGGGGGCCGUUUUCUUCAUCGUUUUUGUUCUUCCUUGGACGGCGUCGUUUAGCAGCGGUUUGUUUAGGGCGAGUAGUGUGAAGAAGAGCUGGGAUUCGGUGAAUGUGGUUCUGGUUUUUCUGGCGAUAGUGUUUGGGGUUCUUAGUAGGAGUAAGAAUGAGUUUCAGAAAUCGAAUCCGGGGACGCCGGUUUGGUAUGGGUAUAGGGAGGAAGAAGGUCGGAGAUCGAAUCCGGCGGGGUUUGAUCGGUGGGUUGAGAGCUCCGAUCGGAGAUCGUUUAACGGCGGCGGUGGGGGUUUGCGGCGGAGUUUUAGCUCGUACCCUGAUCUCUGUGAAAUGUCGCCACGGUGGGUCUCCGCCGAUGAUCAGUGGCGGUUUUAUGACGAUACCCGAGUUGACGCUUCUCGUGUCUAUGAUUCCGGCCAGCUUUUCCGGCGCCGGAGCUGGAGGGACGUUGAUUGGGUUCCGGAGGUAGAAAGUAAUAAGAUUGUUUAUGUUGAUACAGUUAAGGAAACUCCAUUACCAGCCCCUUCAUCUCCUCCGCCGCCGCCGGCGGCUGUUCCUGAACCCGUAUAUAAAGAUUUGGCUGCUCCAGAACACGUAGCUCCAGAACCCGUAUAUAAAGUUGAAUCAAAAAGGAAGACUAGAGCACACAAGAAGCCUGUGACGCCAUCGCCACCGGCAGCAUCUCCGCCGCCGCCGCCUCCUCCGCCGCCUUUGCCGCAUUAUGUGGAGCCAAAGAGCAGUAAAAGUGAACGGAAGAGAAGUAGUAGCAGUGGGACUAAGGGGUUUAUUAUAAGUUCUCUGUAUCACAAAAGGAAGAGAAAGCAGAGAUCACAGAGCGUAGACAAUUUGGAUGCGCUCCUCCAUACAUCACAGCCACCGCCUCUGCAUUUCCAGUUUCCUCCGCCGUCUCCGCCACCACCGCCGCCGCCGCCGCCACCGCCGCCGCCGCCGCCACCGCCCUCUGUUUUCCAAAAUUUAUUUUCUUCCAAGAAAACCAAACGAAAGAAAAACGUCAUCCUCGCCGCCACUCCACCUCCAUCCGUCCCACCUCCACCACCGCCUCCGCCGCCGCAGGCGGCGGCGGCGGCCAAUCCACGGCGGACAUCAAGGCCCAACGCCGGAGCUCCAACAGUCAGCAGGCAUAGAGCGGAACCAGAGGACGAGAAACGCCGCAACAUCGGAGGAGAGUCGCCGUUGAUCCCAAUCCCGCCGCCGCCUCCGCCGCCGCCGUUCUUCAAAAAGUCGGCGUGGAAGUUCGUGGUGCAAGGUGACUAUGUAAGGAUAGACAGCCUAGAAAGCUCGCGCUCCGGGUCGCCGGACCUUGACGAGUUGGAGUCCGAUGUCACUCCGACGGCGGCGGAGGGCGGCGGUGACCGUACGCCGUUUCCACCGUCGCCGUUGUUCUGCCCCAGCCCGGACGUGAACACUAAAGCUGAAAACUUUAUCUCAAAGUUCAGAGCUGGGCUUAAGCUGGAGAAGAUGAACUCCAUGAAAAAACAAGGUUUGGGCUUGUCCAAUCUAGGCCCAUCUUCAGAGCUUAGUUAAAUAACUGAUUUAAAAUUUUUUUUUUAUUUCUCAUUUUUUUUUCUUAUUUAAUCAUUUGAUUGAUUGGUUUGAUUUUUCUUUCUUUCUUUUUUUCUCCAUAUUUUAUACACACGUUUUUAGAUUAUUUGAUGGUCUCUGGUUUCAUGGUGUACACUGUACAGACAAGUAGAAGAUUGAAUAAAUUUGGUUUGAUUUUUGAGGUUUUGAGGAA